ACCACUCCCUGCCGUUUGCUUCAUUAACUGCACUGCUGCUGCCGUCACAUCUGCUGUCAGUUUUUCCACUUAGAGAAACAAAAAUGCGUCUUCUUUUCUAGUCUGGCCCUGCUAUUUAUUUUCAAGCUGUCUCUGGAGUUCACAUACUUGUCCACCACAUGUCAGCAGUCUUGAGGAGGUGUUUUUUUUGCAGACACACAUCAGCAAGACAGCAGCUUUGACAGAUCCUAAAGUUUGUUGUGCCAACAACUCAUCAGAGAAGAAUGGACAAGGAGAGAAAAAUGAUGAUGUUCUGUCUGCUUUUGGCAGGUGUUUGCAGCCCUGUGUUCUGUGGAGAAUGGAAGGCCAGUGUGGUAAAAGAACUUGAUGCCCUGGUUUCAUCCUGUGUCGUGAUUCCCUGUUCGUUCACUCAUCCUGGAGGAAACCUGCCCACAUCCAGACUCAGGGGCAUCUGGCACCGUAAAGAUAAGCGAGAUAAAAUCAUCUAUCACGAGGAAAAGUCAAAAGCCUUGGACAACUUCAAGGUCCGGACGCGGCUGUUGGGAGAGCUGGGUCACAACAACUGCACCUUAGAAAUAACUAAAAUCAAAAAUCACGACAACGGGCCUUUCUGUUUCCGGAUCGAACUCGUGGUAUCGGAGGACAACAACCCCACCAAAGAAAAGUUCUCCUACGUUGACGAGUGUGUCACGCUGAACAUGCUACCUAAACCUCCAACUCCUGAACUGAAUCCAAAAACAGCCAUUGAGGGGCAGCCCUACACUGUCACCUGCUCAGUCUUCCACACCUGCCCCUCCCAUGUCCCUAAACUCUCAUGGACUGGGAGAACUGGACAAGUCAGCGAGGAACAUAAGGACAUUCGCUCUGGCAACUGGGAGAUCCAGUCUAUCUUCACGUUUGUUCCCGAGGAGAAGGAUGACCACAGCCAGAUCACCUGCACGGCUGAGUUUUUCGGACAGAUAACGUCCUCCAAAACUUUCACGCUCUAUGUAAAACGUACACAAAACUACAAUCACAUCAUCAUUCCCAGUGCCGUGGCCGCCGGUACAGCUCUGAUCUUCGGACUCCUCUGCAUUUUCAUGGCAAAAAAAUACAAGAAACGCAUUGCAGAGCUCCAGAAUCAGGACGGCAGCGUGUGGAACCGUCUGUCCAGGAUGUCUCGCAGGCUUCGUCCUGAUCGCCCAGGACCAUCUCAUUCUGAUCACAGGCGCUCUAUUUGGAGCAGAUUUUCUAGGAGGCCUAAAGGGGAGACGGUGGAUUUUGGUCAUACUCCCAAUAACGCCACAUCCUGUGCUGACCAGAAAGUCUCCAAACCUCGUUUCCCAUCGCCUAAAAGCCAGCCGAAAUCCUACAACUACAAAGAGGACCUUGAUGACGGCGAUGAUUAUGUAAAUACUGCAGACCUCAACGUCUAUGGAAACAUCUGAAAAUACAAACUUUCCGAGAGAGAGAGGACGCGAUCAAAGCAAAGAGCAAAUGUAUUUCUGCUUUUACUGAUUCAUAAUGGUUGUGUUAGUGUUUUGCAUGUGCAGUGCUAAUCCCCCUCCAUCAAGCAAAAUCUAUUUAAUAACUCAGUGUGCUUCGGGGAACUUUUGCUUCCAUAAUUCUAUUCGCAUGAAAAUAACAAAGUGUUUGAAGGAUUAAAUGAACAUGGAACAGAGUUUCACACUUUUUCUAUGGAGUUGAUUUGUUUUUUUUUUAGGGUGGGUCGGGCCUGAUUACAGCCAUGUUGGUAGCUUCAUACUGUUUAAUUUAUCUGUAAUUUAGUAUUGCUCAGAUUUAAUAUGAUCUUUUUUUUAACAGCUUUAUAACGAUGAGUGAGUGUUCUCAGCUGCAAAUGUGCCAAAUUUGAUUGCAUCAGAAAUAAAGCACAACAACUGCUGCUGCAUC